CACUUAAAGGGUUCAAUACCGAAACAGCUCAUGCCGACGUUAGCAAAUCAAUACAUAAAACCGGAUAAAACAAUAUUGACUGAUACGAUUUUGAUCAUAGAGUGCGCGCUAUCUCUAACGAUUGGAUUUCAUGUGAACAAAAAGGCUGUGUGCUAUGCAUGUGUCAGUCGGAAAUAUUUAUUUUUGAACUCAUAUCACAAAAUGAACGACAAACACUUGUCAGCAAUCCUUUCAUCGGACUUGGAAAGGCUUGGUGUCACAUUGCAAACCGUUAAGGCUAAGCAAAAGUCCGGUUUAUUAAAUGAAAGUUGGAUGAUUAUAAAUCAAUUUCUGAUGGAACCGCAUGAUCCAGCGACCGUUUGUAUCUUUGGAAGCCAAUCUGAGGGUACGGCGACGCCCGGUUAUAAUUCGGACUUUGACAUCCUUUAUGCCAAGCAGUUGCCUGACAUUUUCAAUAAAUUGGAGGAUUGGCAAAUAGGAAGAACGCUAAGGAUGUUUAGGAAACCAACAACUCCUCCACGGCAUUACUAUUUGCAAGCAUUCAGAUUCGAAGAACCUCAACCCGUGAAAGAAUUCGAGGAAUUGGAGCCCGAAGAAAGACAUUUGUACAUGCGAUUGAAAUCAGGGGAAAUAGUGUUAAGAUCUGACAAUAUCUUAAUAUCAAGGAUGGAUGUGUUUGGUCUACUGUUACAGGGGAAUUUCGAGAUCCAUGGACCGGCUAUCGCGAUAGAAAACCAUGUAAAAAUUCUAAAUCCCCAUGGCCCUGAGAUGGCUGCUCAUUUAUCGGAACAUGAGCCAUUUGAACAACCCAUGGACAAUGUAAUUGUCUACCAAGUCCGUGACAAAAUGACUGAAAUUGAACAGUUUACAUCCCGCCCAAGACCAGGCCACUGGCCUUCACAAGGGAUGUUAGAUGCUGCAGGAGUAUGCUACAACUUUCUUGUAGCAUCAGGUAGUUCAUCAAGUGAUGAGAAAUGCGUAGAAUGGAGGUUGUCGACAAAUUUGAUUGAACGAAUACUCAUGUUGAGCUUAAACCAAACACAGAUUAAGUGUAACGUUGUGUUGAAAAUGAUAAACAAAUCAUUAUUUCAUCACGUAACGAAUAGUUUCUCAAGCUUUCAUUGCAAAACUAUGCUGUUUUUUACCAUAGAACAAAUUGAGCCACAGCUCUGGCAAGAAAACAAUUUGUGGCUGCUUGUUCAACUGUGUUUGAAAACUCUGAUGCGAUGGCUGAAAGCUCGCUUUUGCCCACACUUUAUCAUUCGAGAUGUCAAUUUGUUUGACGGUAAACUUUCAUGUGUCAAUUGUAAAAGGCUGCACAGAUAUGUUGCGGAUAUGUUGACGAAUAAUAUGAGGGAUAUAGCUUUUUUACACAAGGACGAUCGGCAUAUUCGUUCACAGAACUUUCUAAACUUUGGGAAACUGAUGUCGGCUAAUACGAAGUUUUUUGUCACCGCUAUGAAAGAAUAUAUAACACCACGUAUUUGCAUCAAUAUCCUGAUUGAUAAAGCUUCAGUUGUGUUUAAAUUUUGUAAAUUGGGCAAUGUAAUGCAGAGGAUUAUUGCGCGUUGCAUGGCGAAGCACAUGUUGUUUGACAUAGCGCAUACGUCAGCAUCGAUGUGCAUUCAAGCAGGGAUACAAAUAAGCAAUCAAAUACUAGCAUGCUAUCGUUAUUCCUUGAGUACAGAUGUUGCAUCAAGUCGACUGAAGAUGGCAUCGAUGCUAUUAUCAGCAGGGCACAUAGGAGCAGUUAUCUAUGUUCUAGAAUUCGUAGAACGUACAUACAAUGACACUGUCCAAACACUGUGCCAAUCCUUUGAGAACAUCAAUGCUGAGUGUUACAAUCAAACAGUGAUGACGAGUGAAAACACGGCACUGUGUGUUACCUUCUGGAAGGAAGAGGCGUAUUGUCUCCCGCCAGUGUUAGUUCUGCAGCUCUGGGUCGCAUUGCAAGAAGGCUGGCAUAACGCUAGAGAAUUUGACCUGAUUCUGGAAAGGCUUCGAGCUAUACAAGCGGUAGAUGCACGGUCAUUGUUGUAUUAUUUGCAGUAUCUCACGUAUGGCUCUCUCAGAUCACGGGAACAACAAGUUGAGGCAUUGAGCAAAUUUGUAAACUUUGUGUUAAAUCCCCCGUAUAAUAUACAUCACAAACAUAUGACGUAUAUCCUACUUGGACAUUGUUGGGAAAUGGAAGGGGACGUUGAAAUUGCCGAGAUGGCGUAUCGCGAAUCUGCUGCACUAAGUCAUGAACGUAAUUCAGCCUUAGAGCAUAUUCGAAGGAUCGAAGAAUUAAGGAAUGCUUAACAUAUUUUCCCCUAUGUUUUGUGAAGUAAAGAAUAGUACAAUUUGAAUCUAUAUAUUUGUAUGUUUUUUAUUUUGGUUUGAUUGCACUGAAUAUGAUAUUUGUGUUGUUUUCGAAUUUUCGUGAUCUAAAUGCAUUAUGCGAGUGUUUCAGUCAAUGUUUGACUCCUUAAUGCUCACACUAAACAAUACACAUAUACAAGUAAUGCUGUGUAUUUGUGGGAAGCACUACAACCUAUGUUACCGUGCAAUGCGAAAUAUUCGUUUAAUCAAAGUACUGACAGUACUGGUGUGACGAUGCUUUUGAAGAGGAUAAAUAUAAAAGCAUCAAUUAAAAAAAUAUUUCGACGUGUAUUUUCUGUACCACUUAUCUUAAAAAACGUUCUGUUACAGUAAAAUGUUUGUCGGUUAUAACAUAACGUUAUGUAGCAGAUAUAUUCAAAACUUGACAUGCUCUUUAAUUACACCAUUAUCUUUAAUUUCACAUGUUUAUCAUACCAAACUUUAUAUUUCGUUGUUUCCUUUGCUUAGUUAAUGAUGUUAUGUGUACGGACGUGAUUUCUCAUGCCCAUGUGCAUGAACAUAUUUUUUUUCCUCUUUCGAUUAUUGUUUUUUCUCUAACUCAAUAAGCUUAUGCAUGUUUGUUCGUUAAGUACGGCAAUAACUUCAUGAUGAUUCUCGAAAGUAGGUAUGAGCACAUAGUCGAAAACGACUUGAAUACGUGAGUUCGCCCAUGAACACAUAAGGUAAGGCUAACUAAAUCUCCGCGAUAUGACCUAAUAUGUGUUUAAAACAGAAAAAAAUAUCCAACAAACGAAUGCAUUAUCAAAUAUAGUGUGUGCACUGAUGUGGUACUUUAAUUUUUGUUUGAAAAGUUAAAUAUGCAAAAUGUGAGAGCACGCAUAAGAGCGAGUUUCAUAUAUGUCGUACGGCUAUUAUGCUGUUUAUAAACCAUACUCGCUUUAACGUUUACAAAUGUCAAUUUCGAAAUAAUUCGUUUUCUUUACACUCAUGAUCGCGUUAAACGUUUAUUAUACAUGUUUUCAUUCGCAAUAUAUUUACAGAAUCACGACAAAUGUCAAAUACAAUACAGAAAAUGCAUAGUUGUUUCAUUGAUCUAUAAACAUAUAAUAGAUUGAAUAUAACUGAUUUAAAAUUAACGUUUUCAAACUAUUAUUAAAUCUUUUCCCCAGAAUAUGCUGUCCUAUCUAUAGCUGAGCUUCCUUUACCUUUAUCAAUAAUAAUCAGCGAGGUAUGCCGAUUAGAAAAAUCGAGCUAUCUCAAUCGGACUGGCUCGGUCUUGUACAUAGGUCGCCUUUGUGAAGAAUUCUUUCAUGGUAUGAUAAUUUAGACGAGCUGCUUCGCAGCAUCGUCAAAAACACCCAAACACAUUCCUACAUUGUACACGUUGAUAUCAAUAAUUUGUUUCAAAAUCGACCCAAUGGACUCAAUUUAUACAAUGUUGUGUUAUCGUCGUCAUUGUUGCUUACUUAUUAUUAUUAUAUAUUAUUUUUUAGGAGGGGGAGGCAUGAGUGUGAAAGGGGUUUAGCUACAUUAAAGUUUCAAAUAAAAGAAAAGAAGCAGCCCAUGCAACUGGAUUUAUAUUUAUUUAUAUGGAUUUGUUUUAUGUGUAAUUGUAUGAUUCGUUUUAUAUUGCAUAUUUUGUCUUGUAAAUCGCAUCGAUGUAUAACUUAUGGGAAGCAUUUUCUUGGAUUAUAACAACAAAUAAACAAGUCGUACGCCU